ACUCCUGCAAGAAAAAGUAACGCACCGCGUAUAUUGGCCAAACUUUUACAAUUUUCCAGUAAUACUUAAGAAAAAUAUAGAUCUCAUUCAGUGCGGUGUGAUAGUUCGGUGAUAAGAUUUCCAGUAUAUUUAACCAAUUCAUCGAUGUUUGUGUGCGGAAACUCGCGCGUAAACUUUGCAUUGAAGCGGCAGAAAAUCACCUACACCUACCUUUGACGCCAUGUUUAAUUUCUUGCAGCAGUGCUCCCAGUGAAUAAUUGUACGGGCGGGACGAGUUGACUGGGUGGCAAGCAUUGGAACGGUUUUACAGCCGUUUUUGUACGCUGUGUGGAGUGGUGUACUGAUUUAAAAUGAAAAAAUGUGUAUAAAUAGAACACAAAAAUAAAGUAGUAGUAGAAGAAUGUACAUAUGCACAGUAUGUAUAUAAAACAGACAAAUGAAAAUAUGAGAUUUCUCCAAACAAAUGAAGUGGUAGUAACUCUUUAAAGAUAAAUACCAAAAUAAUUUAUGCAACAAGAGAGCGGCGAGAGGGUUGCGUCUCUAAACGACUGCAUAGAAAGGAAAAUAAACUAAAAACAUUUGCAAAAGUAACGACAGAAAAAACAACAAUAAAAGAUGCAUAUAGAUGCCUAAAAACUAGUCGUCAAAAACCAGCGAGCAGGUGUAUUCAUUCAGUAAGUUCCCAACUGACGCCGUAUAUAUAGCAUCAUGUGGGAUAAAGAAGCUAAUAAAACCAGCAAAAAUGUCGAUACACCCGCAGAAGGGAUCCCCGAAUUGACAACAGGAUGCACCAAAACAACUGAUUUGAAAAAAAAUGCCGCCGUGGAAUCAGAUACAUUAGUUGUUGCCACAUGUGUUGUCAAUGACGAUGGUAAUUCUGCGGAAAAUAGCAGUGCAGUUGAAUGUCCGACGGAAACUGAACCCAGUCAUAUCAACCGUUUAUUGUCCGUUGUACGUUUGAAUGAUGGCCCGUCGACAAGCGCGCAACGCAAUGAGUUAAACAAUGAGAUAAACAAAAUACAAAAUUCCGCGUGUGAAAGUAACGUAACACCAAACACAACAAAUGCAUCACCACAAAAGUCAGUGUCGGCAACCGCGACAGCUGGUUGUACAGUAAUUAAGGACAUAACCAAUUUUUCAGCAUUAACAGUAGCCACUGAUUGUGAUGAAUUGCCAUAUACAAGUACCAAUGCAAAUGUAAAAACACUUGCCUUCCAGCAAUCUCCCAAGCCAAUCAUUUCUGUAAAAUACUUCAGUCCAAUAGUGAGAGCUCAAAAUGAGACUGUCGUAUCACCCAUUAGCGGAACAACCGAAAACCGGCGCGACACAAAUUUUCAGAGGGAUAUUGUGGCUGGUCCACAAAUACAGAAUUCAAAUGGUAACCUGGUUUGCUUGCCGGAGACGGAUUCGGAUACAGUGAGUCGCGUACCGACUCCGGCAUCGCAAAUCCGUGCACUCUCACCUGCCAACUCUAGCGUGACUAGCAUGUCAACACCUCGCUCUACAAAAAGUGCUAGGGGACGGCGAGUGGUAUGUUUGCGUCACAUGAGGCGAGCCCCCAAAGAGCCAGAAGAGUACAUAGAUGCAUUGUUUCCGCACAUACGUGAGGCACAUAACCAAAUACGCGGAGCUCUACUGCAUGCUCCGCUCACGGAUGUGAAAGAUAAUGUAUUGCUAAAGCGUAAAAUACUUGAUGUUAUUCGUCUCUAUGUCAGUGGUUGUAAAAAUGAGUUUGAAAGAGUUUGCGCUUCAGUGAUACUAUGUCGCCGGCUAAAGAGAAAUAUUUUUCGUCUAUUGGAUUUGUUCCAUGAAAUUUGUUCCUCUAGUCGCGAGGACCCUGUUUAUUUGUAUCACAUAAGUCAAUUAAUUGCGGUGUACAAUUCCCUCGAAAUAAGAUUAUCUUUCAAUUUAACAAAACUACAAAAAUGCGCUUUAAUCCACCGCAUAUCACAUGUUAUACAUAAACAUUUAAUGGUGAAGGAUGAGUUGUUGGCCAAGGGCAAUAUACUCAGAAUGUUCCUGCAUAUGCCCGAUAUGUAUUCGGCACGUUUUAUAAUGGAACCACUAUUUAACACGUUUUUAGUGGAAAUCCCCACGACCAGCAAUAAUUGUUGUCAAAGAGAAUUGCCGGAUAAGGCUUUCGUGCAAUAUAUUAUAGUACUGCAUCUAUGGAAAGAGAUGCUUCGAGAUCCGCUCGAGCAAGUGGAUCUAAUAAACAGAGCGCAACAUUUUAUGUGCCCAACCAAGACAUUACAUACGAACCCUUUGUAUGCGAAUCAUUUGCCAACCAUUCACACACGCAAAAAUGCUGUCAAAGACAUUUUAAAUAGUCUAAAAUUUUUCCACGAUUUAAAAAAUGCUGCAAUUUGUGAUGACAUCUUGCAAGAUGAGGAUGAUGACAUUGAAGUCGUUAUUGACGACGUUAUAAAUAAACCGUUCUGGGAUUUCGGUGCUACCUACACAUCUGAAACUAAACAUCAAAGGACUGUAAAUCUAGGAGUCAGUACCCCAGAACCAGUUGAGUGUGUGGAUCUUACUGAAGAAGAUGAUCAACAACCCAUAAUAGAACACGUGGAAUGCCCUUUAGAUUGGCUUGCGGAAUUGAAAGAGCGAGCGUCAGAAAGAGUGCAGGCUGAUGAAACAGAAAAUAUUAUUUGUUUAGAUUCCGACUCGGAUGGGGAAUUGUUCUCGGGCAGCAUAGUAGAUCCAACAGAAUCUUAUCAAGAUUGUUUUGGUGUCGACACUGACUACACAAGUCUUGACAGUAGUUCCACAGAUGAUAAAGUUGCCUCUGAAGAUGAUGUGUCACCCACAAGUGUACUCUCACCUAAUGGCAUUAGAACUUAUCUUGCGCCCAAAUCUAAAAAGCAAAUUAAUUCCAGUGAUGACAAUCGUUUAAAUACUAGUCAUCCCCAAAGUCGUACAGAAUCCUCUCAUGCAAGAUUAAGAGAUGAUGAUGACAGGGUAACUCUUGGUACAAAAACAUCAGCACUAUCAAGGGAAGGUACACUACCGCUGAUCGUUAACACUUUCACCGUUAACAGCAAGCAAAAUAUGCACUUCUUAAGCUCACCCAGACUUAGCCUUGAUAUUGGGCCAGAGCGUUUUGGGGGCGAGGAUAUGGAGUUGCCCCAUGCAGGUGACAAUGAACGUGAAUCGAGAAAAAUUGCAUUGCAGCAACAAAGUCGUGAGACUGCUAAAGAUCAAGGUGAUGGAUAUUACGAGAAUGAUAAUGAUGAUGAAGAAGAGUAUCAUUCUUUGCCAUCAACCAGUUCGUCAAAAGCAACAAAUUUGGGCAAAGUAAUCUACUCUCAAGCGCUACCUCAUCCUAAUCGGAGAUUGUUACCGGAAGAUGAUGUGCAGGCGGUAAAGCAUAGCCAUGUAGAUUUCAAGGGGAAAGAUGAAGUUAAGCAAGGCUAUAAACAAAAUAAUGAAGCUGGCACAAAGCAAGUGCAUACGCACGUCGGGCAUAAACCAGUGAAAAAACAAGUGAAAUUCAACGAUAACCCUAUUGGACCCACGCGAUGCCCUCAAACUAAAUUGCCGAUAAAGCCAGCUAUACAUCUCAAUAAAAUACCAAACAACAAUCAACACCAACAACCUAUUUUAUCCAGUUCACCACAGCCUCGCUUUGCAUCACCUUCAUCAUCAACCUCUUCAACAGCUGAGUCACUUAAGCAAAUGGCACAAAAAGUUGAUUCCAAGGAUGAUCAUAUUAUUGAUGUUAGUGCUAGUGCAAAUACGACAAAAGAUAAAUUAACAGUUCCUACUCAACCGAUUGAAAGUAUAAAAGCCCAUAUAAAAGAUAUACCAAAUCCAUAUUUAUCAGUUUUUAAUAGCAAUAUUUGUAAAAAUGAAAAGUAUAAAAUGAAAACGGGUCAUGUUUCAAACCGAUCUACAACAAUACAUGGGCCAAAAGAUAUUUCAUCAACCAAUUAUAUAUGUAAUAAAAAUGUCGAAAAUAUGCUGUAUGAUAGUACUGUAUGUAGUGAUUUAGAAAUUUUAGAACUGGAAAACCAAGUCGAAAUGGAGGAGCAAAAUUCGAAUGUUUCAACAACGACAGGCCCAAAUUUAGAGUCCAAUACUGCAGAUGAACAUACAAACGCAGCUGUAAACGAAAAGUGUAUUAAAAACCAAACGUUAGGUACAAUAGAGAGUACAAGUUCACAAGACUGUAGGGCGACCUCUUUUGAAAGCAAUGUGGGUAGUGAUAUUUGUACGAGUAGCACAGAGACAAUUGCACAGGAACCUAAUUCGGAGUAUAAGGAUUUAUCGCCUAAAAUGGUUCUUUUUGGUGAUAUGCAAAGUGAUAAAAUUUCAUUGGAAUCAAAUAAGAAAGCAGGUUUCCACCAACAAAGUUCGUUUUCUGAGCUAAGUUGCACAGGAGGUGAAACGAGUGAAAACCUACCGUUGAGCGCUGAUAGUAUCGUUACGAUUGGUUCAGAAAAACUUGAGACUAUUCUUGAAAACCCAAUAGGUGGUGAGGCAGACGAAAAUGAGUCUAGGCAAUGUGUAAUUAAAUUGUAUCACGAAAAUAUUUCGAAAAAUACAAGUAAGUUAGCGAUUGAUUUAAACGCUAUUAACACUCAGCAAUCCGGCACUCACGUUAAUGUGGAUCUAAAGGAGGCGCAAAAAGAUGUACACAGUUUAGGAAAGUACAAUAAAGUUGAAAAUAAUAAAGCAACAUUAUCAGAAGAAAAUGCGGAACGAAUAAUCGCAAUAGAAAAUGAAACGGUGGUUUCGGUUUGCCAUGGAAACCCAAUAUCAGUAGGCCAACCAGCUUUGAACAGCGAUAACUUAAAGGAGCAGAGCGCAGUUGGUUCAAAGAAAUCAAACGAAUCGAAAAAUAAGCUUACACGCACUGAGUCUACUUCUCAAAACACAGUAAAUAAGAUGACUGAAGGUUCUGAAAACUUGCACAUCGAACGAAAUAUUAAAUAUCCUCAAAGCGGUGAUGCUGCUCAGGGUGGUCCAAUUAAAGUUCAAUGUGUAACUCAAGGCAGUUCUGAUACAACAGUAGUUGAUGAAAAAAUGUCUAGAAAACUAGAACAAGAGCAGGUUCUAGGAGCUAUAGGGAUGGUCAAUACCACUUUAACUACAAGUUUGCUAGCGCCCUCAUUGAAAGUACAAACAGUAACGGAUAAAGGAGAAGUUCAAUCAAUAGAAAUUAUUGAAAAGGUAGACCAAAAUUCAAAAAUUUUGGUGGAGACUUCAGAGGAGCUUAGAACCUUAAAAAAUUCUAGUUCUGUUACAACCAAAGACUGUACGAUUAUUACCGAAAGCGAGGAGAUUGCAGAGGAAGCAGAGUUAGGGAGUUUAGAUGACAAUACUAACACAUCAAAGGCCGACAAAAACCAAAUAGCCCAAGUCAAUGACGAUAUUCAAGUAACGCAAACAGCCGAAGAAGAAAGAGAAGGAAGGACUAAUGUUACCGAAGUAAUUUUCUUACAAAAUUCUGAGAAAAGCAUUUCGUUAAAAGAUCGUAAUGAACAUGAAGUUACUAAAAAGUCUGAGUUCAGUGAUUAUACACAUCAUAUAGAGAGAACAAGUGGAGGGCAGCAACAAAAAGGUGUUCGAGUUGAAGAGAAAAUAAGCGUAUUAUCGUGCAAUACUUCCGUAAAUCAAGAAACAGAUCCGAAGUUUGAUGACCAACCAAGUAAACUACAUAAGGAAAAUGCCAAUAUAACUGAAAGUAAUAAAGAAAUUAAAGAAAUCUCACAUGACUUAAGUAUAAACGAAGGCGAUGUUUGUGCUAAUCAACUGAUGGAGAGUCCAAUGAUUGAGUGUGAAGCAACUAAUGGACAAAAUACUUCCGCUAAUAUUAGAAACGAAAAUUUCCUAACGCAACAGGAUAUGCGCAGCGAUGUUGAAAAGGAUCGAAAUGCGGCAUUAGAUAAAAUUACAGCGGAUCAGAAAUUAGUAACAGAAAGUUUAAUUGCUGGUCAAGCGCCUACUAAUGCAGUUGUUAUAAGCGAAGUAAUUUUAGAAAACACAAAUGCGACCAAUAAAAAUGAAACAGAGCCAAUAGAAUGCAUAGAAAGCACUACCAAUUCGCUAACAAAUGAGAAACCCAUAGCCAAGGUUGAAGCUAUAGAAGUUCAUAAGGAAGUAUUUAGUUCCAGUGCUGUAAAUAGUUCCAGUGACGGCUUGGUCCGCUUGGUAGCAGCUGUAAACGCUGUUGAAGCGUUGGAUUUGACACUUGAAUGCGAGAGUGGAAAUGUGGAAAAAUGUGAAGUAAAAAGUACUGAUUUGGACCGCAAUUAUGAGUCUGGGGAGAAAUCAACUGUAUUUAGCUCCGGAAAUUUACAAACAGCUAACUCUAGUGAUGAUUUGGCUGCUAAUGUGGUGGCUGAGCGCACUACUAACGCAGAGCAGGCCGUUGUUGAGAAAAGUAACAAAGCGACAAGCGAAAAAGCUGCAAAUGAAGGUGUUAAUAUUGUUAAAAAGGACGACAUGCCGACGUCGACGCAGGUUAUUUCUAAAGAACCUCUUGAAGCAGCCAACGAAUUCGUAACCACUGCUAUUUAUUGCUCUGGCGAUAAAAGUCCCCAAACUAACUUGGAGCGCCUUGCAGAAGCUGUUCUACUUACCGAAGCGGCAGCUCAGAAAUGUCCUAGUACUGCGACUGGCCGUAGUGUACCACAAAUGGAAAUUGAAUCCAAUCAGUCGACUGUAGACCAACUUGCUGCAGAGAGUAUUGAAAUACCCAAACAUACAAGAGCGUGUGAAAGUGAUACAAUUGGCCAAAAAGUUAUAAUUGACAGAGGGACUAAUAAGGAUACUGGUUUAACUUCAGCUAACGAGUGUACGCAUGUAAAAAUAGUCGGCACCGAAUUUGAAUCAGUCAUUAUGCCGCUAAAAUCACAGAACUCUCCCGCCGCGUCGUUAAAUUCGGUUACUGAUGGAAAAAGCGGUCAAGGACUGCCAAGCGAAUACCCCAAAAUCAUGAAUGACUCGGUCAAUGAAAGUGCAAUUUCGAUUGUUCAUAAAGAUGCAGCGGCCAUGUUGACGCACGAUAAUGUAAAAAUGUCAAAACCAACCAUAGCAAAGCAAUCAGCAAAAUGCAUUGCACGAAAACAAAAUAAAGAAAAAGAACCUGGUCAACUUAAGAAAUUGGAUGCAAGUGAGUCAUUAGAUUUACGCAAAACAGUCAGCGUUCCUAACAAAGCAACAUCUGUUAACUCCAAUCCGCCAUUGUCACAUAAUACUGGUCCAACUUUUCAUUCAUCCUUUGAAAAAUUCGUAAACUCACAAAAAAUAAAAACUGAAUUGAAACUGCAGCGUACAUCAUCCAGAAUUUCACAGUUAACUGCUACAAAAAAUAUUUCAAAAGAUAUAGAAAAAACAGUUUUGCCUGCAGAAAUAAUUCAUGCACAUUCCUGCGUUGGUACAGCAAAGAUCUCAGUAUCUAAUAGUGACCCAAAUGUAGUAGUGAGAGGCAAACCCGUUUCCAAAUCUCUGACACCCCAAAAGAGUGCUUCUUUUGCGCCACAAUCAGCUGAAUUAGUUGUGUCACCAGAGAGUCACACUCCUAGCGUUGGUGCGAGCAAAUUUGAAUUAAAGAAAAGAUAUAGUUUGCGUAGAAGCGAACAAUGGAAAGUGGUAAAAAAUACGAGUUUACGUGCUUCACCACCAACCAACAACAGUGAAUGUGCGACUACUAAAAAGACUAUAACGAAUACGCUGAGCAAACGUUGCAUCAAGAUACGCUUGGCAAGAGCCAAAAUGCCCACAAAAUCAGCUAAAAAAGUAAAUCCAUCAACGCCAACUGUUCAAGAAGUGCCAAGCUUAGAAGCACAAUUUGGCGAUGUGUCGCAUCGUCCGAUAACAAGAAGACUAGCGGCUGCGCUUAAUUCUAGCCUGCAAAUGGAGACGGAUAAUGCGGUUAUAGAACCGAUGAUUAAACCGUCUGUUAUGCGUGGAAGAAAAUAUAGACCAAAAAUAGAAGUACUGCAAGAGGACGCAGUGCCAACUAAACGUAAAAGAUGUGUAAAUGUAGCAAACACUUCGAGUAAUAAAGCGAUCGAAGUGAUCGAGACGGAAACUUCAAGGUUGGAAAUUUUGGAGUGGAAGGGAAAGAGGAAAGAGUGUGUUGCAGAAGUAACGAAAGAAAUAUCCACUAAACCGAGCGGAGAAAAGAAAUCACCAAAUAAUGCCUUUCAAAAAAACACGCAAAUUGAAACUGUGUUGGAUGACACCACACCCAUCCCCAAAAAAGGUACUGCAAGGAGUUCGAAAUAUGAAAAAAUAGAAACAGGAACAGAGAAAGUAUCAAGUGACAGUGAAAUUACGUCUGAAGCACCACUAGAGAAAGAAGUAAUCAAUUUUGAGACCAUUUUUAUAGAACCAUUGAUUAGUAUCAAGAGUAUAAGAACUAAAAAAUUGAACUCAGUGGAAACAACAAAAAUUGAGGCACAAACUAUUAAGGAGGUAGAAAGAGUGCCAACGGCAAACAGCAAAGAGAUAUCUAUUCAAAAUGUCGAUGCAUUGGUAAAACCGGACGUUAGUUUGCCUGUCGAAGGUACAAUUCCACAUGAGAGUCCAAAAACUAGCGAAAAGUCAGAAGAGUCUAAUGAAGUUAUGAAAACAAAUGUUCCGACUACUGUUAAUAAAAAUGCAGUUGAGACUGAAUCUCAAUAUCAGCAAGAUCUAACUCAGCCGUAUGUAAAUUCUUCUUCGAAUGAAAAAGUUAUUACGGCCCCUUCAAAAGAUAUUUUGUUAGCCGAAAGUGUCGAGUCUGCGCCAAUAACCUGCCACGAGAACUCGAAUUCACUACCAGAAAAAAGUGAUGCGCAACUCGUAGAUAUUUCGAAAUUCACGAGCUUAACAUUGGAACUGGCCGAUUCUUAUAGUCCCACCAAAUCUGUAAUCAAAUGUAAUCCUAAAUGCAUUCAGAAAUGCAUCCCAGACGAAGAAUCUACAAUCGAUUUGAGCAUUUCACACAAUGAAAUGAAUGCAAAAACUGAAAAUCUAAAUAAUUCCGAUUCUAUAAAUAUUUUGAAAACUAAUAUGGAAGCUGAUAAAUUAUUAGAAGAAUAUAACCAUCCGGCACGCAUUAUAACAAAUGCAAAUUUAAAAAUACCGCAAACUGUGCAAACACCAACCGAUGGACGUACGCCUGCUUGUAGUAGUGUGAGCUUUAGUUUCACCGGAAGUGACACUUCAAGUUCUUCCAUAAACAGCUGCUCGUGCAGCACUUCAACUACAGAUUUAUUCAAAAGUCAGCCAUCAAGCUUUAAGGUAGUGCAAUCCCAAGCACCAGUGGCCGAACUACUAUCGAGCACAAGCAGUAGCUUCCAUGGGAUAUCGCUAUUAGAUUUAGAACAUGAUGUUAUUAUAAACAAUGAUGACUUGCUUUCCGAAUUGAUGCCGACAACGAUUAUAGAUAAUAUAACGGCGGCUAGUCUGGAGCACAAUUACGCUAUAAAGCCACUCGAGAUGAUUAUAAGAAAUGAGGAUGACCCGCAAUACGAUAAGCACGUAAAAAACGAACCAACGAUACUGAAUAGCGUCGACAUCAGCACUACAAAAGAAUCUUAUGAAGUAGAGGAUAACGGGGUUCUAGAAAAUACUUUACAAAAAUCGACAGAAAUCGGCGGUGAUUCAAAUAAUGAAAAGUCGAUGUCAAUAACAAGUCUUAAAGUUUCGAUACCUCUUGCCUUAAUAAAAAGGCUAGACGAAAUAACGGCUGAUUAUAGAAAAUCUAAGGACUGGUAUUUAUCUGAGAAACCUUCCACCUCCAAGGCCGCUUUAGAGGCAUUAGCUAGAAGAAGAGACACUCAGCUUAAAACCAUUAUAACGACAGAUUCCAUCACACCAAAUGUGCCCAGUGAUGUUCACGAACAAGAUCCGCAGAUUUUUCGAAAGCAUUCAAGCACGCGAGAUAUUGUUUCGACUGAUAGGUUAACAUCACCUUGUCAGUUAGUUUCUCGUGAAAAUUGUUGCCAAUCACCAAGUCUACCAUUAAAAAAACGAAGAAACAUCUCAGGUGUUUUGGAAGAAGAUUUGUUUAAUGCAACAAUGCUAUUGUCGGCAGAAGACAAUCUAGUGACGGGGAUAUCACAUAGUGUCAAUUCAUUAACUGAACAUAAAAUACAUAAACCAAAUGAAGCAACAGAUAGGUCUAAUGCAAUUGUUUUUGAAAAUAAGAAUAAGCUGGUUAGGUGUGAACAUUUUUUAUUGGCUGAGGACAAAGAGAAAAAGCCGCCGUCUGAAGAUUUUAAGGCGCAAUUUGAAAAAUCAACCCCAGAAAAAGGCGCCGCCUCAGAAAUCAACUCUGUCUGUGAUGAAAUCGAAAGAUUGGAAACAACAAAUGAUCAGCAAAGAGCCGAGGCAAACGUGCCAAUAGAUUAUCAGCACAAUGCAAGCAGCGAACAAUUAACAAAACCGAUGCAACAGACAGAAGAAGAUAGUUUUGAUGGUAAUGACGCACUAGCGGGAAAUGAUGAAAAAGCCAAAGGUACUAGUUGUCAAGAUCAAAUUAUGGAACUCAUAACCGAAUGCCAGCAUAAAAGUAAAAAUAAAGGCAAUUUGCAAGGCGUUGAUACAUGCGAGACUGAUGAAGAUCCAAAAGCACAAGAACAUUUUUUUGAAGUAUUUCCCCAAUUUACAAGCCAAGAAUUAUCAGAAAAGAGAUUAAAGAAAAGUGUUCCGGGAGAUGUGGUUCAAGGUAACAACAAAUAUACUGCUGAAAAUAACGCAAGAGAAUCGCAUCAGGAGCUAACUUUUAAAGAUCGCUUAACAAAUUGCGAUAUGCUAGAAAAUCUGACAAAUGAUCAUUUUGAACCAGUGAUGUCUGAGAAUCAAGAAAAGCAUGCCUCAAAUGUUGAGCCUUUCGAAAAUCAAAUUGCAGUUUGUGAAGGGCAAAAUAGUGAAGUCACUUUUUUAGAUCAAGAAAAAUGCGUGGACGUAGUUCAAAUGGAGCAUUCCCAUGAAGUUUCAGUUCCGGAUCAGCCAGAUGUACCAAUGAAUGAGGAGUCUUAUUCAGCACUUCCUUGUAAGGAUGUUGGAACGGACUGUGCGGCUAACAUUAAGAACGUUUCAAUGUCAGAAUUUAAAGGGAGUGGAAUACAAGACCUAAUAUCUAUACAAGAAGUGCAGCAUACUAAAGAUAAUCCCUUGCCAAAUUAUGAAAAUCACCCUAAUGAAGUUAUAUUAACAAGUUAUGAUGAUCAAUUCUUUGUUACUGUUUGCUUGAAUGAUUCAAAAGAGGCAGUUAGCGGCUUUGACGACACCAAUAAUAUGUUCAAAUCAAAGGAAUAUGCAGAGAAGGAUUUCGAUAUAGGUAAUGAUUUAAUCAUCAGCACUCAUCAAAUUAAAGAAGAAUCUACCGAUUUAAUGAAUAUGAUAAAUUCGUCAGAAAGCAGUCCAGUAAAUUUAAAAAAACCGCAGACAACCUUCACUACCGAUACGGAUUUGUUAAAAACAAACGAACUUAUUGAAUUCACUGAAAACUUGACGAAUACCACACCACCUACCAACUCUGACGAUCUGCAACUAUUCACAGUUGAAAGCAAUACAAAUUUUCCAAAUACUAACAUGACGUGUGCACCAACGACCACGCAAAUGGAAUUAUUUGCCAGUUCGAAUACAACUGCUUUGAAUUUUAAUAAUACGCCGACAUUUACAAGCUGUGAAUUUGGCAUAGACCAAGGCUCGCGUAGCAGGGCGAACAUUGCUGACCUGAGCCAAAUUAACGACCUUGGCUUUGUUGAGCAUGAAGCAAUGCAGACCACACAACUAACUUCAUUGCCAAUCGCCAUGGAAGUGGACCAACGGGAUUGUUCCAUGGACUUUGAACAGCCACAAAACCACAUUAUAUUAGCAGACAACCAAAAAACAGACGCCUUAGACUGCAUAACUUCUUCACCAAUACAAUUAAACUCAAAUGUUGCUCAAAUAAAAACGGAGGAAAAUGUAGAAUUGUUACCGGUGGAUGAUGUUUGUGGGUCCCAAACAAGUACGUUCCCAACAAUAAAAAUAUGCUCCACUAAUCAAACGAAACAAACCGUACAAAAUAUUGAGUGUGAGCCUGUUGAGAAAGACAAUUUGGUGCCUGUUAUACCCACAACUUCGGCUGAGCUUCCUCAUCUGACAUCGAUGUCAUCUUUGUCGCCGAUUUUACCACUAAUAAAGCCAACAACGACAACUAUUGGCACGACGAUCUCCGAGACAACUCCGAUUUUUAAUUUUUCAAACAUUGACCCGAAUACGGCAAGCGGUUCGUCGGACGCUAUUGAGAGCACAAGCUCACCGCAAUCGCAAACGUGUAACACUUCCGAGAACUGCGCAACCCCAAUGGCAGAUAGCAUAGCUUAUAGUUGUUCAGAAAUCGCAGCAUGUACCACAGCGCCUGCCAUAUUAAAAGAGAAGUCAACAUCUCCUAUACCAAAAAAUUCAAAGCCGCAAUCUCAAACUGCACGCAAUGCAGCGCGUGCACGAGCGUCGACUCGUGUGCAGAUUGUCACGCCACAGCGCAAAAGCGAUAAUACUACACCGGAGUUGACGGAGAAAGAAGAAACGGACGCUGUGGUGUUUACGAAUGCGUCAGUAUCUUUUUGUGGUACAGAAUUUUGUACAAAUCAGAUUGCGGCGGCAUUGCCGGCUGCAUAUCCCGUUACACCUCUACGGUAUGCAAAUCUCUACCAUUUCGAAAAGUAUAUACAACAACUGACGACGCUUAUCGAUGUGUCCGGUAUCAUAGAAUCUGCACGCAAUUUAUAUGUUGACAAAGAGGCUUUAGCGGAGGCACAUGCCGCGUUGCUUGCGCAAGCCACACAAUUCGACGAUGAAGGGAAUGCCAUUUCGCAGCCACUUUUACUGAAAUAUCAUAAAGAUGGAACUAUAUCGAUACUUAACGAUAACGACGAAUGCAUUAUACUGACGGCGAAUAUGUCGAAAAUGGUGAAAAAGCUCUCGCUGGCGCUAAGCAUUUUGCAAGAGCAACAAUCUCCAAUGUUGGGGGUGAGAGCGCGUAUCCAUGCGCUGCUAAAACAAUUAACACAAACAGCUACAGCAAAAACUGUGCACACGACAAACAUUAUCAGUCCAUCAGUUAUACCAACGGCUGUGGUAAAUCCAACCAAUUUGGCUGAAAAUGCCCAAGAUAUAGAUUUUAAUGCCUUAAAUGCCGUGGACCUAUACAGUGGUAGUGGCGGAGAUGGAAAGCAAUCAAUGCAACAACAAGUGCAUUUAAUCAAUUCUAAUGAACAAAUAUAUUCGAAUUGGCACGAGGUUGAAACCAAUGGGCUAAUAACGGACAUAACUAAUGCCGAGUUGCACAUUGCAAAUGAAGACCAGCUUAUAAAUAUAGAUCCGCUGCCAUUACUAACCGAUGAAGGUGCAUCGGGUUAUGAGCAUGCGGUAGCAUUUGAUUUUGAUGAGAAUUCCACUAUACUCUCAUCAAAUGAAAGUAUAAAUGCGCAACGUUUGGAGAGCGCAUUCGAAUUGGCUUUGGGGCGAGCGGUAGAGGAUAAAAAUUAUAAUUGGGCUGAAUCGGAACAGAAUAGAGUAAUGCAACACUGGCAACAGAGCCAAAGCAGUAACGAAGAUAGUCGUUGGCCAAUGCAAGAGCACAGUUCGAGCUGCAGAGAUAUCGCUUAUGAGGAAAGAGUUGACAGAAGUAUUAAAGACCAAGCGGGUAAUACGGUAAUGGUUAACAGUGUAGGGGUUAACACUGUAGCUAUCGGUAGUAGUGAGUCUGGAAUUGAAGACUUAAGUGGCGCUAACAACUUAGGCAAUAGUAACGCCACGGCAAUUGGCAGUGUCAUAACUUUACCACCUGAUCACCAAGGGAGACAACCAAUUAAAAAGAUGAUAUUCCAAACAAUUGAGGAUCAGGUUAUAACCACUCAGCCGUCAAACAUACCGCUUCAGUCCACACAACGCUGUCGUAAAAAAGUGGUGACUAAAAAGUCUGAAAAAGUAGCAAAAGUCCGCACUAAUACAGCGUCCAAAAGAGCAGUGGUCACACCGGCACAAAAAUCUACUAAAAUCCGCAACACCUCAAAGCAAAGCAACACCAUUGCUCAGCAAACCAUGCCUAACAUUCACUAUCAUCAUACGCCACAGGUAGUAGCGAAUGCUGGUAGUAAACAAACCGCCACGUUACAUUACAGACCGGAUGGGGGCCAUCGGCAGCUGGAGCAACAACAGCAGCAGCAGCAGCAGCGAACGGCCAACGUCAAAGUGUCAACACAAUUCGUUAGUGGUACCUCAAAUCUUUUGCAGCAAUCAACACCGCUCAUCACCAUUGAUAGUGUUAAAAAUUUACAAUUAUUCUCACAGCAACAUCCACAAAACUCUGCACUUGGUGGUAGUCUGCAACACAAUAAUAACGUUAGAUUUCUAUUAGCAACGCCACUGCAGCACACCACCUCAUACCAACGUCCACGUCCUAUAGAUGCACCACCUGCUCUUUCACCACUGUCGAGCAGUAAUCCAGCAAAAAAUGUGCCAGCACAAGAAACGCUGAUACAAUACACUUACCAGCUGCCGCAAACGCAACCGAAUUUCGGUGAAAAUCACCCAAUAACCGAGCUUCAGUUACAUUCUAUAAAAGGUAUGGCCGAGGCAGAUGUCGUAGAACGUGCACAACCCACCGAUAUGAGCACGAGUAAUGCCACCACUAUUACCACAGUUCUACCACAGCCUUCAGAUGCCAGCAAGCUAAGAAUGGUUAGACCUAAUCGCAAACUAGUGAAUAGAAGAAAUAAUACGGAAGCGAAAAUUAGUUUCACGCCAAGCUUUAAUCCACAAACUGAGCCAUUGGCAAAUGAAAUGCCCGCAAGAGAUGGGUCGAUGUCAGCGCAGUCGUGCCACUCGCCGCUGGCACAGCAACAACAACAAGUGCAAUUACAGCCGCAAUCAAUACAAUUUUUGCAAACCACAGAUACGAGUAGAAUGAUCAACAGCAUGCAACAAAAGCAUGAGGCCGAACUGGAACAGUUGCGGCAACAGCUUAUAAAGCAAGAAACACAGAACCAAACGGAAUUACAAUUUCAAAAAAUACAACUGCAACCACAGGGUCAAUUAGAUGUGGAGCCAAGCCAAAGGAUGGAAUCAAUGAUGACAACGAGCGCGCUGAUACCGAAUCAACCACAUCCGGUGGAUGGGCAGGAAAUACAGUCGCAACAACAGCAACAAGCGAGUCAACCACAACUGAUUACAGUUGCUACACAACCAUCAGCAUUAUCGCCACAACCGCAUAGAUUGCAAACCAUAAAAAACACAACACCACCGCUAACGCCAAUAAAAGCUGGCUCGACGCGAAAACGCGGACGUCCGCGAAAAUAUGAUAUGGAUGAAAAAGUAUUUCUGACUACUUCCUCCGAUGUUUUGAAGAAACGUAUCGCACACGAAAUGGAGCCGAAGUCCGCAAAAUCAAAGCAGAGCGCAAAAAUACGUCCGAUAGCAGCUACAAAUUUGAAUGCAAACAGUAGCACUACAAUAACAACAACUAAUCAAACUAACCCAAAAACUAGCCAACUGAUAAUAACACCUCCCGCAACUUAUUAUACGCUUAUCAACAGUCCUCAUGAAUCACAACAACAGGAACAACUACAUUCAUCAUCUACGAUUCUAAUACAUUCGCCUAUGCGACAGCAAGAUGACUAUCAGCAACAGAUGAGACCAUCAUUUACCAGAUCUGCGAAUGCUUUUAAUUUAAUAGAAAAUGUGAUUAUCGAGGUCGAAGCUGCUAGUCAAGCAAAUGUUAGUGCACAGUUACAGUCAAAGUCACAUCUUUCGCGAAUACCGCCCACAAAUCAUCAGGAACAAAGCCAUGUAUGAUAUCCAUAUUUUCAUGAAGAGGUCUUCAAUCACACUUUUCGGUUUAUCGAUAUUUAAUUUUGAGAUUGAGUGCUUCAGAUUAAGUGUUUAAGCUUUUUAAUGGUUUACAGGUGACAUUGUAGAGGAAACUUGUGAUUUCCAAUUUGUAAAUUUGCGGUCGAUUUAUAUGCAAAUAUGCAAUAUCAAUUCGAAACGCCCUUUUUAUUUUGCAUGGAAAAUAUGCAAAUAAGUAAAGUUAGACCGUUCCCCAUCUUAGACAGGCCAAACAAUGGAUUUUUCUAUAAUUCUUUUUUUCUUAAAAUUUUUUAUAUAUUUUUGUACUUGUUUUUGUUUCAUAUAUUCAUUUUUUUUUUAAAUGUGCUCCCCUAACUAAGGGCCGCGUUCCGUUCUUUAAAAACAUAUUACCACCAGCUGCACAUUCAUGCGGAAUUAUAGCAGCUAAAUUGCAUGAAAUUUGCUGCAGCAUAGAUUCUCACCGUACUCGGCCUAACAGGCUCCUUGUGACUGCUUUCUAUCCCAUAACAUGAAAGCACAGCUCGGGGGGAAAAUAACUCUGCUCAAACGAAGAUGUAGACUUAGAUGUCUUAUUUUAUUAGGUGUUAAAAAAAUUCGCAUCUUUAUUAUUAACACGGGUACUUAUUUGACGACCCUCGUACAUACGUUCUGUGCUCUUUUCGCAAAAUGCGCAGUACUUUUUUGCUUUAAAAAACUCCGAUUUUAUAGACAUAGAAUAGGAGUAAAGAAAUAUUUUAUGCUUUAGUAUUUAGGUUUUUUUUACAUCACCAUCGUAUUUAUUUUAUACCAUCCGCAGUAUAGUUUUUACAUACGCGUAUUAUUAUUAUUAUUUUUUGAAUAUUUUUAAUUUUGUCAAUCAGACAAUAGCUACAAGCUUUAUUAAAUGAUUGUAAUAAUAAAAAAAAACAAAAGUCUUCUCCACGCUUAAAAGCUACAAGUGUUUUGUAACAAACCCAAAAUUGCAAUUUCGUUAAUUAAAAAAAUUUUAGUAUUUAUUAACAUUAACGAUUACAUACUUAUAUAUACAAGCACAUGCGUAAUUUUAGCAAAUUAUUCGAUUCUACUAAUUUAUGAACUUAAGAGAAGCAAGCCAGCCUAGGCAAAGCAUUUUUAAAUGAGAAUCCGAAUUAUAUCUAGAAAUCAAAAUACCAAAAAAAAAACAAAAAAAAAAAACUAAAAAUUAUAUUAAUUUAUAAUUUUACAAAUAUUAUUGCUACCAGGCAAAGAUAACGGCGAAAUUCGUUCGUUCUCACGACACUCGACUCACGUUACCGGAAUGACAAAAUUUAUAUCAGAUUAAAUAAUUAUGCUAAAAAACAUAGAACAAAUUAACUAGUCAAGCUUUUGUAGCUGGGCGGUAACUCUGUAAGGUGUUGCUAAAGUGAUUAUGAUCGCUGCAAGUUUUAGUACACUGAAAUUUCUUAUGCGAUUGUAAAUGUCUUAUUGUUGCGGCUUCGAUUCGAUAAAGAAAUAUCGACACAUUUUUUUUAUAACCAGUGAUCUAUUUAUAUUAAUUUAGAGAUUAACCGUAGUAAGAAGACUUUAUUUCAACGUCUGUUACUCGCCUAAAUGGUAUAAGCGGCGGAUGUUUUGGUGAUGGGACACAGCUUAAAAAUAUUGAAUAAUUUUGAAUAAAUUGACAAUCACCUCUAUGACGUGUUUAAAGCUGUUGACAGCAUUACAAUUGCUCUAGAAUAGCGGUAUAAGGAACUAUUAAUGCCCUAUAGCACUGGCACAAUUACGUUCUGGAUAUUGUAGCAGGUUAAACUCUACUUAUCCAGAAUUGAGCCCGACAUACUAAACAUAUGUCCUGCCCCACCACAUCCACUCAUCGAACACCCCUCUCCGUCUGGACCCAACCUGUUGAAACAGCAAGUCUUCUGAGCCGACCUUUAGAUGAGUUAGACGAAGACGACCGGUGAUAUACCCUACACUGACAGGGCUUAGUUUUGCUGCUACAAAAACAACAACCCUAUAGCAAUAAAAUGCAUACCUGGUAAGGUGCAGAAUAUUUUUAUAUCUGCGCCCAAAUAUUAAUUUUUCAAACGUUGCAGGCUUAGAUUGGUACUAUUAUCUACCCAGUCCGGUGUUGACAUCUAUCCCAGUGUUUACAAUUAAUCACUUACUUGACGAAAAAGCAAUUUUAAUUUUUUUUUAAAUAAUUCGUCUGCACUACAAGCAUUGAUAAUUGCUACCCUCUUGACUCAAUGACAAGGCGAAGAACCGUCGCUGCUCUUCAAUUGAAGUGUCUCAAGAAUUUGUUGGUACUAUAUUUAGUGUACAAAUAUAUCAUAAACAGCUGUCAGUAAGAAAACAACCCUAGUAUGCUUAAUCGUUCACGGAACACAUAUUUUUGCAAAGCUCUCACCACUUCUUCUUGCCUUAAAAAAAACAUAUUUUCAAUUUGUUCAAAUUCCUUAAUCUAAAUUUUGGUCUAUCCAUUAUGGUAAUUAGUUUAGGGGAAGUGGUGGACAAAGGAUAGAGCGGAGUGCGGAAGGUGAAAAAUUAAUUAAGCACAACUCGGUAGAGCGAAAUGAUAACACAACAAACGAAAAAACAAGCAUACAAAAUGACAAAAUGUGUGAGGUAUCCCUUACAUAUUUUGGGUGUAUAGGGAAAAGUUAGUGUUCAGUAGAUUAGGUGACUUGUAAUGCAGGUAAAGUGUACAGCACGAAGCCCGAGGCACUUAGUUAGUAGAUUAGGAGACUUGUAAUGUGGGAAGCCGGAGGCACAUAGGUUUACACUCGCUUAUUAGCAAUUCAAAUCAAAGGGGAAUUAAUUUUUGUAUAAAAGUGAGUGUCGAUUAUUUUCGUAACGCUUUACAGAGUCACCUCGUGGCUUUUUGUUCAAAAAUAGAUAGGUUCAUCAGUAAUUAGUGUUAGCAUGCAUUAAAAACUUUUUCAAAAUUGCGUUUUUUGUUUUUUAUUUGUUGUAAUUAUAAUUCCGAGUGCUUAUAGAGAUACGCGCUAAUUGUGCACAUUUAUAUUUUAUUAAGCUCGUUCUGAAAAAGAACAAAAAUAAGAAAAACACACACACACUUCGUCAUUCACUUCGAUUUUAUUUAUAUUGUACAAUUAUUAGAAAUUAGUGUCUUAAGCAUCCUAGAAUUAAUUUUAAAGAUAAAAUGCUGUAGUACUAAGCUCUGAUGAAAUAUUCUUUAAGUGUUAAGCUUUAUUUGUAUUAUUACUCGAAUUUGUAUGCAAUAAGUGCAGCUACUAAAAUUGCAUAUUUUUUAAAUUAUUUAAAUGUAGUAUAUUUAAUAGUGAAUCAGUAACAAAAAUUGAAUGUUUCUAUUGUACUUAAUAGCCUUAAAAGUUUUUGAAUUUAUGUAAACUAAUACACUUACAUACCUACCGUAUACCUUGCAACAUAUUCUUGUAUGUGCAUAUAAAUACCUAUUCUUAUUUAGACCAAUACGAGUUUUUGCAAUGAGUUUCAAUCAAAUUUUAAUUUAAUUUUAAGAAAAUCGAAAAAAAAAACAAUUAAAAUUUGCAAUAUACCCACGUGUACUAGUUCAUAAGCGUUGGAAUCAACAUAGAUGUGUAGACGACAUAUACCAAAAUGUUCCGAAGGACGAGUGUAAUCGAUUUAGCUAUGCCCGUUCAGAUGCACAAAAUCUCAAGUGGCAAUUGAGAUUAAUUGAAGGAAAUGUUUGUACAUAUAUACAUAUAUUGUACUUGGCCCAAUGUAUUCGCCAAACCGCCUCACUAUAACGGCUAUUUCCAAAAACGCAAGAAAGCAAGAUAUUGCAGUAAAUAGUUACACAACUUUAUAUACGGAGGAUAUCGAAAAAUGCAAUAUGUGUUUAUUGACAAAUAGGCGUGGCGCCGCCUACUUUCGAUUAAAUAUGUUCGUUUUUCGUUUCAUAAUGUUACCAUUCCACAUUUGUUCUAAGGCCAAAAAAAUUAGACA